AUGGCGAAUGUUUCAUCUGAAUCAUUGGAAUUUGAAGUCGCUCACCAGGGAUCUGAGGAGCUUGAUUUCUCACCAGGCUAUCUCAACGGAACGGUUGGUGAAUACGGUUCUUGCGGUAUUUCCAAGGUUCCUACGGAUGUCGUCAGUAGCCAAGAUAACGUCCAAAUCAAUUCUGACUUACUUCAAUGGAAACCCAUCGACUCGCAGCCGCUUUUCGAUCCACCUAUCGAAUUUUACCUUUGUCAAGAAGAGCUCAUCGACCCACCUUAUCUUCGCCACAGAGAGCACAUGCCUCAGAGAGAUCAGAUCCAACCGCCCGUUGAUGAACCAGAUGAUCGCGACUUAGACUGGGAGGAUUGCUCCUCUCUAGCUAGUGAUGUAGAAGAUCAUGUGCAUGUCACUAAUCGGAGUAGUGAGAGACUGACAAUACCCACUAAGUACUUCAGAGACUUAGAUGAUUUGAAUGCUAGAAUUUUCGAAAACUCUAUGUUUGCACAUUACACAGUUAACUCAUUUUCACAUGAGAAUGCAGACAACGAACCGAGAACAUCCGGCACAUUUUCUUUGGAUCUGGAAGACAAAGUCAGUAUAUUUUUGCGAGAAAAGUAUCGAUUUGAACUUGAGAUCACGUACCAUGAUUUUAAGCUAAAAGCAAGAGAAGACAACAAUCCAAGAGCCCCUGAGCCCGAGAUAGUUGGUUUUAUGCAAACACAACUUGGUCAUGGAAUAACGGACGUGGAUCAGUCAAGCCUUGUGAGUGGCGCAAACGACAUGUUGCACUAUAUUGAAUGCUGGAGCGCAAUUGCAAGGGUUGCGAAGAACAUUAAAGCUUUGAAAGCUGCCUCUUUUUGUGGAAGCUUUAUCAGCAUUCUAGUGAUUGAUAAAGCGCGUCAAGAUGUAGCAAGGCUAAUUCCCAUUGAUUGCAACAAGAUUGAAGAUCUAGCAUCCGCAUUCGACUUGGUAUUCCAGGACUUCCGCGGGCGGCGAGGAUUUGUGUCGGAAUCAGAUGAAUACUUCACGCCUAUGAUGCUCUCGGAGUUAUCCAAAAGUAUACUCUCUGAUCUGGACCUAAAUCUGUCACCAAUGAGUGUCGCAGAAGAAUGGCGUUGUGCAGUGCACAUACUCGACAUGGUAGUUCUCUCUUACGCUGGAGCGCAUACUCAGCCUCUCGGAGCAUCACAAACCAGGCACAUACAUCUACCAGGUCAGUUUAUAGAUAAGCACUGUGUCACGUUUCGUCGCCGAGCGUUCUCCUGUAUUGGCACGUUUCUGAAUAGGGAAGAAGCAUGGGUUCUUGAGCCCUACGAUAAAAAAGCGCCAUCAGAAGAUUUAUCACCAAUAUAUCUUGCAACAAACAUCAUCACAUUCAGCGAUAUCUGGGGACCUGCAUGGAAAUCGUGUGCUGUAGUAGAGGAUAAGGCUCGCCCCUCUACGAUUGUGCGAUACAACGUUGGUAACGGCGUGAUAAUUCCGCUGAGUCGUCUUCUGGCACGAAACGAAGAUUGCCCUCAGAUUUUGGAAGGAGAAGUGUUGUGUCAUUGGUGUCCGAAUAAUUAUUUAGGUGAGAAUUUAGUGAAAUCAGAGUCUGCUAGGCUGUAUUUGCACCCGGAUGACGUUCUUCUCAUUGGCGCAAAUCUACGAAUACAAUACAAUCGAUCCUGCCAGUCGUCAGUACAAGAUUUAACACAGAGUCUCAGAGACUCUGGAUCGCUUUCUGAGUUUGGAACUCUAAAAAGGAGAAGAGAGUUAGACACGGAAGUACUCACAAUGCAGGUGGGACCAUCUUACCUUCAACUUGGUGCGCAGCGUACUUAUAAGAGACGAGGGAUUCUUUGGAAGAAAGCUUUGGUCGAGGAAUGGAAACACAAUCCAGAAGGGCGUAAUGUGCGACUUCUGGAGUACAACUUUGGAGUCGAGGUUUCUUCGUGCACAAAAAACGCUCGCAGACAGCGGUUGAUUAAUCUUUUUGGGACUGGUACAAUGCUCAGCUAUAUUCGAAACAGCUCAUUGAUAUGGGAGAGUGACGAAUGUGAAGCGAAUUUCUAUGCAGCUCUAACGGAUCCCAAUCCAAAAGCAUUCCGUAAGUUAUACAACUCACACAAAGAAUGGCGGCCGGAUCUUGGUAAAGCUAUACAGUAUUGCUUGGAUGGCCUUCUCGAAACUGGGCUGAACGAGAACGGGCUCGAACUCUUGUGGGUUCCCAAAAAGGCCCUCGCGCAAAAAGUGAACAAUAAGCCGUGA